AUGCCCCCACGAAGUUUGUUAGGUCUACCCGAGGAAGUUCUUCUUUACAUCGUGGAAUCAGCAUGCGAAGGCGAAAAGUUCACCAGAAUCUAUAAUCUGCUGUUUGUGAAUCGUCAGAUCUCCCGUCUAGCACUGCCUUUCCUUUACCGACAUAUCCGGGACCGCGACUUUGUGGAUGAAGAAUACGAUGCGUUCCGAAAGCUCGUCCUCACUCUUCUUUUCAAUCCCGACAAAGCCAAAUUCGUGCAUUCAUUCAGUAUCGAACAAGGCGGUGAGCAUGGCGAGGGUCCGUCGUUGGCUGAUGCAAAGGGCGAUGCUGAAUUGAAAGAGCAUGGUUAUACGGCAGAGCAACACGCUGAGCUUCAACAAAUUAUUGAUGUUUUAUCUGAGUACGAAGAUGGCGAGGAGGCGGAGAAGACAUGGAAGAAGGAUUUUCUAGAUGAGCCGCUGAUGGGCGCGAUUCUGGCCUUGAUAUUACCGCGGUUACCUAAUCUUCAAGAGCUCACCAUUCUCGAUGUGUACAACCCAUACUGGAAGAUGUUCGAGUUUGUGAUCGAUGCUAUGACUGCGGCAUGUCAAGAUCCGAAAACGGGCGUGACGACGCCUUUUCCAAAAUUAGAGAAGGUCAAUAUGGGAGGUGCGGAUUGCAACAGCUCGAUCCCAGAGUACCCUCACUCCACCCUUCCCUUAACUAUCAUCGCGAAAUGGCCAUCUGUCAAAGCCAUAGACGGAAAGCAAAUUGGAGACGGUGACAGCUUUCUACAAGAAAACCCUGACAAGUGGUUUCUUGAUCUCAAGCCCCGAUCCACUAAUUACACAUCCCUCACCUUUCGGCCCAACAGCAAGUUCCUCGGCGAGCACCUCGUCCGCUUCUUGGACCAGCACAAAAAGACGCUGAAGUCAAUCACGCUGCAGCUCUACGUCAUGGAAACAGAGGAUGAAUAUUCCAUAUUUACGCCUAUGAAUUUCAAGGAGUACGCCGCUCUUCGGCACUUGAAUAUCGCUUUUGACCUCCUGUUCGGUUACUCAGACGAAUCCCCGCCUGACGCGACGGCCGCGCAAAAUCACAUCGUCGAUGCGCUGCCAGAGUCGUUGGAGACGCUGGAGAUAGUGCAGUGUGAGACGGAAGAGCAUGUCAGGGCUGCGACGGCGGCGGUGAGAACUGUGUUGAGACAGAAGGAGGAGAGGUGGCCGAGGCUUGAAAAGAUCAUGGUUGCGGUGGAGGAUCCUGGAUGGGAUAGUCUGAAGGGGAUACAGAAGGGGUUGCAGGAUGAGGGUGAAACCCAUGGGGUGAAGUUUGUACCGACGAGAUGCAGGGAGUGUUAUGUGAAUGGGCUGGAGUUUGGGGCUCCUGUACAAAACGAGGAUGAGUCAGGAGAAGAUGGGCAGGGGGACGAGGAUAGUGAGAGGGGAGAUGCAGAGAUGCAUGUACCAGAAGAAGGGGAAAAGGAAGGCGAAUGA